AAAAGAGUGCACUCUUGUCGGACGAGUGGACUCUAGCUCGUUAUCAGUGAUAUCAACUACCAGAGCGGCGACAAGCAGCCAACCGGGCAGAAGGCUGUCAACGAGCGCGGUUGAGUUGGGCAAUGAUUAUCGAAAGCGCAGACAACGGCGACGAAUGAGUUACUGACGUUCCUUAAACAGUCACCGAGAGACUCGCGACCAGAUACAAUAUCGCGCACAGUAUUACCGAUAAAUUAUCGAUUCGCAAUCGGUAGCGAUCAAGUGUUGUUCCUACAUCCAUCGAUUGUGAAAUCCCCGGUGUUGAUCAAAGACAAAAGAGAUGUGAUGUUCCGUGAAUUUUCCGCGCGUUCAUUAGAACAUGUUCCUUGAAAAACAUCUGCAGAUACUACUUGUUCUCGCUCUCCGCUUCCUCUGUGUGCUCUGCAACAAUGACGCAUCUACGCCGAGUGGGACAACGAUCGCCAAGUCGACGGAAUUGGAUUAUAAUUCCGGAUCGACGGAAAACCUUGAGAUAAUUUAUGAUGAUGAAUCUACAAAAAAUACUUUCAUGACGACCACAGACGACAAUGCGAUCACGACUUCCUACGAAUCCACUGUGGAACCCCUGAAGACUGUUUCUCAUCUGGUCACUGAUAAGUCCUCAUCAUCCAUUAUCAAUCAUAUUACGACGAGACUUGUUACUGUGCCUAACAAUGUGAUUUCCAUCGAUAGCACAAUUAAUACGACGAUCUGUAAUCCGAUGUACACAAGCGUUGAUACAAAGGAGGUAGUUGAUUUAAAGACGGAUGAUAUAGGCACAGAAUGGAUCGUUUUCUCAUGGAAGUCUCCGUGUAAAGUGACAAACUCCUCGAUAACAUAUUUCAUCGAAAUAUGCGACGAUAAAAAAAACUGUACGCAGACAUAUGGAAUUGACACCUGGCAUAACGCUACCGAUCUGGAUCCAUGCACGCAAUAUGAAUUUAAAGUGAAAAUUAAUACCUCCCCCACCGUAUUCUGGGAUUCUAAAGGAGUCGUUCUGUCAGCUACAACGGCCAUUCCGGAAUUUUGGGACGCGGACGUAAUCUCCCUAAGCGCACGCACCAUCAAUGUCAACGUUAUUCAACUGACUUGGCAGGCGCCUGCAAUUCACGAGAAAUGUAUAUCCAACUACUCGAUUACCCAGUGCGAUGAAAAGUCUUGCAACAAGACCGCAGUUCUUGUCACGAAUUACACUACCAAUGAUCUCGAGCUAUGCACAGAGUAUCACUUUACCGUCAAAACGGUGAUGCUCUCCGUGGAAUCCUAUGGCGUAAACGAGACCGCGAAGACAGUUUCGCCGAAAUUGUCGGCACCGCAGUCUCUUCACGUAAUACCCGGCAAUUUUUCGCUGACCGUUAAAUGGGAGCCUCCGGAGUCUGGCACAUUCUGCCUGAAGCAUUAUUACAUAACUACGGAUUUCAACUAUACCACCAAUACCACGAACACGAGUGUGAUAAUUUCGCAUUUGCACGCUUGCAAGAUGUAUCAAAUAUUUAUCAACGCUGUAAAUGAAGAUGACAAAGAAGGAGAUACGAUAGACAAGAGCGCUACCACGCUUCCAUAUAGAACGAAUCCACCACUUUUGCAUACUCCAGGAAUACCGCCAAGUGUUAGAAGCUUGUCGAUGAUUUGGACCAUUCAGAAAGAGAACAAUCAUUGCCAGCUAUCAUCUAUAAUAACUAUAUGCAAUUACACAGAGCAAAGAGGGAAAGGCUACGAGCCCGAGAAUCGCGUAUCCCCGAUGAACAUAGAUCCCGAUAUUGCUGCAGAGCCUGUUUUCGUACUAAACACAAUCGUAGAGGGACUAAGUCCUUUCACAAGUUACACUUGCUGGGCGCAUACCGUUAAUAUUGCAGGAUACAGUGAUUUAAGUGUUGGAGUCAAUGCCACAACGUUGGAGGAUGUGUCAUCUCCACCUGAGUUUUCCGUCAGAAAUAUCACGGACUCGCAAUUCUCUUUGUCUUGGAACGAACCGGAUUAUUUACCCGGUUAUUUAGAAGAAUUUGAAAUCGCAAUCUAUUGGAAACCAUUAUACUCGAUUCCAAAUUGGUGCCCUCGCGAAGAACAAGACAUGGAAAAAAUAUGUUUUAAUAGUUAUUAUGCUAAAAAAUUUAAUGUAAGCGGAAGCGUGUUUGAAUACGAUUAUCUUGAAGCAAAGGGAUUCACGGAUUAUAAAGUAUAUAUGAGAGCAAGAACAGGAGAAGGAUGGAGCAAUAUUAGUGAUCCCCACAUGUUUGCAAGCGAUAGCGGAGUUCCAGGAGCAAUCUCGAAAUUCAAUUCCUCUAUUACGAUCAAAGAAAAUUCAAAUGACACGAAUGUGUUGGAUACAAUUCUAACAUGGGGCUUGCCGUGUUCAUUAAACGGUGAACUCGAAUUCUUUAAUGUAUCGGGUGUUGGUAUUAGACCUGGAUAUCCACCCCAUUUUAUUUUUGAGAAAUAUGAAUGCACGAAUUACAUUCGCAACGAUUACAUGUGUUCGAUAAAUCUCAACGAGUUGAAAGGAGAGUAUAAUUAUAAUUUCACAAUAUCCACCAAAAUCAGAAACGUCGAUACACUCGGAUGGCCGGUUAAUCAAAACGUACUGUAUCCUGCCGGUAUACCUCCACAACCUACAGAUGAAAUUAUUAAAUCAAUCACCCUGGAUCCGUACAAGGCGCGCAAAACCACAACGACCGCUGCAAUUUUGCUACCUCUAUUCCCCAAUACCAGCGGGGAAAUCAAGUUUUAUGCGAUCAUGGUGGCGAAGAUAGGAUACAAUAAUAUACGAGCAAACACGAGGUUCGACCUGAAGAGCAAUAAUUGGCCUAAUGCGCCCUCCUGGGAGGAAGCAAUGAUGAACGAUUUCUCAAUCACGUAUCAAGCGACAUGGCCACAUUGGAAUCCUUAUCCGAAUUACAUUGCUGAUUACGGGCACGUAAAAGCCGUCAAGUAUAUAAUCGGGGAGGACGUUAACUGCAAGGAGAUCUCGUCCAACAUGGAUGAGCGGGUGUAUUGUAACGGGCCUCUCCAUCCGGAUACAUGGUAUCACAUCAGAAUGAGGGCGUUUACUGACGGUGGUUACACCGAUUCUGAGAUAUUCAUGAUAAAAACGAACGCAGAACUCAAUAUCGCUCUCAUUAUCGGAGCUGUCUUCGGCAUUCUUUCCGUGGGAAUAGCGGUGACGAUGAUGUUGCUUGUACGAAAAUGUUCGCCGUACAUAGUACUGCGAAGAUUUCUUCACUCUGACAUGCCCGGCUCACCCGUGCCUGCGCCGUUCACCAGAAGAAAAUUCAUGAGCCAUUGUCAGCAAUUGGUAGACAAUCCUGGGAAAUUGAGCAAUGAAUUUCGGCUGCUCCAGACACUCAGCGUCGAUUUGCAGAUGCCCACAAAUUCAGCUUGCUUGCAAGCUAACCGAAAGAAAAAUCGCUACUCCGACAUUUUACCAUAUGAUUUCUCAAGAGUAAAGCUGGAUGUAAUAGAUAACGAUCCUAAUACGGAUUAUAUCAAUGCAUCAUUUAUAAGGGGAUAUACAGGAGAAGAUGAAUACAUAGCUUGUCAAGGUCCAAAAGAGGAAACUACUUACGAUUUCUGGAGGAUGAUCAAUCAGUAUAACAUUAAUAUUAUAGUUAUGCUGACACAGUUGGUCGAGAAGGGCAAAGAAAAAUGUCAUCAAUACUAUCCGACAACAGGGGAAACUUUUCGAUACGAAGACAUGAUAAUACGAUGUACAAGUGAAUUAGACUUCAGAACACAUACCCAAAGAACGCUUGUAUUACAAAAGGAAAAUAAGAAAAGAAAUAUUACUCACUUGCACUUUAAAGACUGGCCCGAUCACGAUGUUCCAGAAGAUUUCGAUCCAAUGAUCAAUUUUUGCCAAAUAAUGCGCCGCAAUAUUAUCGCUAAUAAAGGUUCCGUCGUUGUUCAUUGCAGUGCAGGGAUUGGUAGAACAGGAACAUUAAUAGCGAUAGAUAUUCUUCUGCAACAAAUUAGAGAUAAUAGAAAAUUAGAUGUAUUUGGAACUGUGUAUAGAUUACGACAUCAUAGAAUAAAUAUGGUACAAAGAGAAAGUCAAUACGCUUAUAUAUAUAAUUGUAUAAAACAAGUACUCAAGAAUCCUUAUUUCUUAAAAACUUACAAACCACCACCAGUUGAGCCAAUAUAUGAGAACACUUCUAAGAAAGCCAAAGAUACAACAAAUUCAGACACAACUCUAGUCAACAAUCUUGAAAUAUUAAAAAAACAUAACUCCAUAUCUCUGGAAUCAAUCGAUACUCUCUUUUCUCGGUCCACUUCAAGUAUAACAAAUAGCGAUCUGAGACAAUGCAAAUCAAUGGAUGCCAUAAAUAUAAAAACUCAUCACAUACCUAUAGAAAAAUCCCGUACUCUGAAUUGUAUUUUUAAACCACUGAGGGAUUCAUACAAGCUAAUAAAUAGAGAAAGUUUAAUACAGGAGAGUAUUCCAUUAAUAACUUAUUCAAGUUCAACUAAUGUACUUGGCGAUAGCGUACAACAUGUAACAAACACUAUGUGAGAGACGACUGAAUUGUUUAUAAUUAUUCACGUGUUAAAUUAAUCAUUAAUACUUAGAUGUUAGACCAAAGUAUACACUGUAAUUACAUGUAAAUAUAAUUAUCUUGAUAGAAUAUAAGAUAGAAAUCUUAAGAUAGAAUUGAUAUUGUAUACUUUACGUACCAUUUUUUUAUAAAGAAUUGUAAUUUUAUGUAUGAAUAUUUCCAUAUAUGAACAUACAUCAGAUGCCAGAAUAUAUUAUGUGAUACCGAAUAUGUUUCUCAGCGUUAUUGCCUAAUAUAGCAUGCCUUAAGGAAACUAGUCCAACUAGAAAACAUUUUAAGUAACAGAGAUGGAUAUUGUAAU